GCCCCCUCCCUCGGUUCGGCAGCGAAGCCCGACGCAAGCCUUUCUCUCGGCGGUGGGUCGGAGCCGCUGUCCCUGGCCUCCUCCUCGCAUGUUCCCCUCCAAAUUCCGCUUAUAAAUUCAAUGCCCCGUUUGUAGCUCGUUUCGCUUUUGGCUUCCACGUCGUACCCCCCACUCGUGUCUAGUUCAUUUACCCCCCACCCCUGAAACAUCUCGUGUUGACCAUGGCUGCUGUGGUGAGCGGCUCGUCGGGGCCGGUAGCUCGACUCGAGGGCCGUGAGUUCGAGUACCUGAUGAAGAAGCGCUCGGUGAGCAUCGGCCGGAACUCGUCGCAGGGCUCCGUGGACGUUAGCAUGGGCCACUCGAGCUUCAUCUCACGGCGGCACCUGGAGAUCUUCACGGCCAGCGACGACGGCUCCGGCGGCAGCGGAGACUUCUACCUGCGCUGCCUGGGCAAGAACGGGGUGUUUGUGGACGGGGUGUUCCUCCGCCGGGGUGCCGCUCCGCUGCAGCUGCCGCCGAUGUGCACGUUUCGGUUCCCAAGCACCAACAUCAAGAUCACCUUCACAGCUCUGUCUAGCGGCAGGAAGACGAGGCGCGAAGCCCCCGAGUCUCCCGUCAAGCCGGUUCAGCCUCACUUCGCGCCGCUCACCAUCAACAUUCCCGACAACCUCGCCCACCUCAUGAGUCCCCUGCCCUCGCCCACCGGAACCAUCAGCGCCGCAAACUCUUGCCCUUCCAGCCCUCGGGGUGCCGGCUCGUCGGGGUACCGCAUGGGGGGCCGCAUGGUGAGCUCGGCUGAGUUGCAGCUGAUCAACGACAACUCUCAGCCUGAGAACGACAAAGAUGCAUCAGGAGAGGACAGUCCCAAGGAUGACUCCAAGCCGCCAUACUCGUAUGCUCAGCUGAUCGUUCAGGCCAUCACGCUGGCACAGGACAAGCAGCUGACGCUCAACGGGAUCUACAAUCAUAUCACCAAGAACUACCCCUACUACAGAACUGCAGACAAGGGCUGGCAGAACUCCAUCCGCCACAACCUGUCGCUGAACCGCUACUUCAUCAAGGUGGCGCGCUCGCAGGAGGAGCCGGGCAAAGGUUCCUUCUGGAGGAUAGACCCGUGCUCGGAGGGCAAGCUCAUCGAGCAGGCCUUCAGGAAACGACGGCCCCGCGGCGUCCCCUGCUUCAGGACCCCGCAUGGACCGCUCUCCUCCAGGAGUGCCCCAGCAUCUCCCAAUCACUCGGGGGUGCUGUCGGCUCACUCCAGCGGUGUGCAGACCCCUGACAGCUUGUCCCGAGAGGGCUCCCCGGUCCCCCUGGAGAUGGACAGCUCCUCCUCCUCCUCCGUAGCCCCCGCUGCUCCAACCACGGUGGUCCAACCCAAACUGGCCGUGAUCCAAGAAGCCCGCUUUGCACAGAACACAGGCUCUUCAGUCGGCAACCAGCCAGUGCUGAUCGCCCUGCAGGGUCAGCUACCUCAAAGCAUGAAGCCGGUCACCUACACCAUGGCGUCUCCGGUCAGCACCAGCUCUUCUCAGCCGGUCCAGACGGUCCAGACGGUCCACGUGCUGCAGCAGAUCCCCGCCGGCGCCACCGCCGUCAUCACACAGCCGGCCGCCGCCGCCGUCAUCUGCAAGAGUGAACUGCCGUUGCAGGAGAACGGAGAGCGUGCUGACUGCAAAGUGAAAGUGGAGGCGGUGCCAACCAUCACGGCCACGGGCGCGGUGGGCCGCAUCAUCCAGACUUCGGCGUCGUCCGGCCCCCUGCAGGCCGUCACCAUCCUGGGUCAGCACCAGCUGCCCAUCAAGACCAUCACGCAGAACGGAAACCACAGCAUCACCACCGCCAUACAGAGCACUGGUCCGUCCCUGGCGAGCCCACUUCACCUGCUCGCUGACCACGCCUCCGCCUCUGCGUCGCUGCCCACUGUCAAGCGCCAGAACAGUGACCAGCAGGCGGGCGGCGUUGCACCCCCGGACGUAAAACGGGCCAAAACGGAGGACGAGGCAAGGCCAGCGGACAACGGUAACAACUAAGCUCCUUAACGGAACCCCACGACAUCCCCCGCCACCCACCCAGCACCACAGAGCGCCACCCACCACAACCCGGCGUUUCUUUUACUUGUCUCUAGGGCUCCAAAGGAAUGGAAAAUUCCUGGUAAAUUUUUGAAAAAUUUCCGGUACAUUUUUUGAAUCAUUUCCAGUAAAUUUCUGAAACAUUUCAGGUAAAUUUCUAAAUGAUUGCCAGUGAGUAUCUGAAUAAUUGCCGGUGUUAUUUUUUUUUUUAAACAUUACUGGAAAAUGUUUGGUAAAUUUCAGAAAUUUCAGGUAAAUUUCUGGAAAAUUUCACAUUUCUGUAGUAAAUUUAGAAGAGAAGUUAAGAUGGGGAAUUUUUUGAACUAUUCCACAUUGAAAACUUCUCGUGGGAAUUAACUGGGAAUUGAUGGUAAUUGAAUGGAAAGGCAUUUUGUUUUGUCAUGAGGCAGAUCCACGCAAAGUAGAUCGCGUGAAGGCGUGACAGCUGUGUUCCUCCGCCAACCGAGCCCUGCCGCGAAUAGUAAAAAGCCGCUAGUAAUUGAUGCCCCCAAGAAAUGUUUACUUACUUAUUCAUUUACAAGAUGGCGGCAAAGCACUACAUCGCAGGUGUCAAACUCAAGGCCCGGGGGCAAGAUCCAGCCCUCCACAUCAUUUUAUGUGGCCCGCGAAAGCGAAUCAAGUUCAUCAACUUGUAUGAUUCUCGCCAAAAUCAGUACUAAAUUUUCAAAUUGUCAUAUUUAAUAUAUGUGGAGGUAUUACAAAGGCCUUUUUUGUUACCAAACCCCUUUUUACAGUAAUUUGACAAUGGCUAAACAGAAUUAACACAAUGUAUUGUGUACUGUAUCAGUAAUAGUACGAUGAGCAAAUUAAACAUUUCUAUGGUUUCACAGUCAUAACGGCCCUCCGAGGGAAACCGGAACUGCAUUGUGGCCCGUGACAAAAAUGAAUUUGACACCACUGCACUACAUGAAGCGCCUCAUAGUUCCUUGGCAGCAGGAUGCCACAACAUGGCGCCAAAUAAUAAUAAUUAUUAUUUUGCUCUGAAAAACUAUUUCAGCCAAUAAGAGGAAGGUAUAAUUGCGAUCGGAUUUUCGGCUAUGGCUGAAAUUUCAGGAUGAACCCAAAAGGCUCUGUAUCCUUUACUGGCAAACUUAACUUGACCUCGUGUAAACUUUUGAAUUCACGUUUUAAUUGAUGAAUGCACAAAUACAUUUCAAGGACAUCCACUUUUAUGCCUUUCUGUUUUGGAACCUGCUGAUGACACAGAAGGAAAAGGUCAUUGGCCAACAUCGCCAUUGCGAGACUUCAAAGUCGAUGUUCUCAGGGGGAAGUGGCCAAUGAGCUUCGUGUCAUCGAGAGACUGGAAGAGUCACAGAAAGGCAUACUAGUGGACGGUCCCUGUUUGGAGCCAACUUUGCAGUUAUAUUCCCGUUAAUUCCCAUGGAAAUUUAAGAAAAUUCCAGGAAUUUUGCAAGGCUACUUGUCUCGCCUGAGGUGCCAAACAAGGAGCAACGGGAAAAAAGGCAAGAGCGGUGUUGAACUGACAGGCCAAACACGACCGCCUUAAAUCCACCUUAGCCACACCCCUCCCUCUGUCGCAUCUACCUCAGCAGAACGGAGACCCCUCCCCCAACCCCCCCACAACCACCACCCAAAAACAACAACCUCCACCUGAACUUUUUCAUCCAGACCUGCCGGGCAGCAGCGAGUGUGGUGGACAUCUCACAGAAACCCCCUCGCAAUCCGAAAAGGGGAUUCCGUAUGAUUGUCUGACGUUUGGCAGCUAGCCGCUCAACUCGGAACUGCCUGUCCCGCAAUAGCGCCACCAUGUGGAGCGGAGGACCCCCCCCCCCCCACACACACACACACACUUACGAAAUAAACGUGGUGAGCUCGGCAAAAGACAUAAAACAACACCUAAACCCCCUACGGAAAGACGUUUGAGCAUUCCUUCCAUAGCAUUGAUAUCAGCUAACAGUAAGGUCCAUGUACUAGUACACUCUUUGUCCUAACUAAGACAAUUGAACUAGUAGAACAAAUGUCUUACUAGUUAAGCUUUUCUGCUAUCAGUGCCACAUUUGGCCAACUAUUAUGCAAUUAAACCUUACUAGUAAACGACUAUGCUGCACUAGUAACACUACUGGGCCCAACUAGGAGACAUGUGUCACACACUAGAAGCCUCCUUAUCAAAUAGAUCUAAUAAAUGAGUAUUCAUUUGAUAUCCUUGAAAUCCAUCCAGUACGCAUUUUGUCCUCACUAGUAAGACAAUUCAGCGCACUAGUAGAAUAACAAGGGCACACUAGUAAAAAGAUUGUCUUACUAGUAUUGCUUUUCUGCCACUGGUACCACUACUAGUAUGCUAUUGUACCAUACUACUAAACUACUGUCCUCAACUGGUAACACUACUAGGCCUAACUAGUGGGCAUAUCACUAGUAAGACAAGUCCGCACACGAGUAGAAUGACUAGGAUGCACUAGUAGAGCAUAUGCCUCUUAUUUGUAAAAAUAAUUUCACUACUGGUGCCGUUUUCUGUAGUCGUUUGAGCAUCGAUAUCCCGGCUAGCAAAUAAAUCCUCAAAUCAACUGAAAUUAUUAUCCUACUUAAGGUCCAUCAUACUAAAACACUCACAAGUAGGACAAUUCAUCGCACUAGUCGAACGACAGGUUUUCUUUUUUUAUUUAUUCUUUUUUUUUUACCAUUUCUAGUCCCACGUUUGGCCUACUAGUACUACCUUACACUGGAUAACAAGGAUAUCUACAUGUACUAGUACACUUUGUCCUGACUUGUAGGACAACUUUGACAGACUACAUGUUGCUAUUAAGGCGAAACUGUACUAGUUGACAGCUGUGGGCUACUAGUACUACUUGUGACAUAUAAUUCUACAAGUUAACAUCUUGUGCUUUACUAGUUGUACUAGAAGCGCACAGAUGUCUACUAGUGCACAGUUUUACCUCACUAGUCAAAUGUAGUUGUGUGCAGAAACGUCAAAAGUUAGUGGGGGGAAACUGAUAGCAGUGUGCACUAGUCGUUCCACUAGCGUGCUGAAUUGUCUCACUAGUGAGGACAAAGAAUGCAAUAGUACAUGGACAUUAAACUAAUUUGGAAUAAGUGCUUGAACGGCUUUCCGCAGCCCUUCUGUUGCCCUCUAAUCUGUCUUGUGACUUCUUCACACAUGAACUUCACUCGUUUUGAGUUAGUUGAACAAAAACGAACCCCGCAUGUUGGAAGCCGAUGAAAAAGAAAAAAAAAAAACACCUGCACUUGAUUCAGUGUUUGUCCUCCUUUUUUUUAACCUCGUCAUCUCCUUGUUUUCACUCUUCGUCUCCCUCUGGCUGGCAGGAAAAAAAAGAGAGAUAAAAUCCAAGGAGCCCCCGAGGUUUGCAUAAUCAUUUGACUCACUUGCGGCCCCUACGAGUUUCUGCUUGUAACACGUUCCAAACCAUAGCUAAAGAAAAAGAAAGAAAGAAAGAAAGAAAAACAUAUUUGUUCAGCCACAGUGGAGAAAUGCUUUUUUAAAAUAAAUUAAUUUAAAGUC